UGCGCAUGCAGGUUCCCGGGCGCCGCCACCCAGCUUCCCGGGCCCGCUAGCGCGGCGUGGGGCGCCCGAGCCGCACACAAAAGAGCUGCCGCGCGCGGCCCCCGGCAGCUCGUCGCCGGCUCUCUUCGACCCCGCGUGCCCGGGCUGCCGGCCACAGCCCGCAUGUGCGAAAGACGGGCCGCGGAUCGCCCCUCCUGACCUGCGCGCGGCGGCGGGAGCGGGGCCCGGCCCGCACAGCAACCACCACUCUACAAGAAGGAUCACCACCUCUCUGGGGGUCUACCUUGAAUUACUCGACUGGACCUUCAGAUCUUUGGGCGUUCUCAACUUUUCUUGAUUGUCCAGUUUGAUUCCAGCCUCUAAAGAGUCUUUUCUUGCCUGCUGAGCUACCCUGUAUCAGAUUGUACGGGAGCCGGAUUUGCCAGUUCUAUAGAGGAGAACAGGAGCUUUCUGAGACUUUGCAUGCAAUUCUUCCUGACCUCAGCAAGAAUCAAAAUACAAAAAAGUGGCCAUGCUGAAUUCCUCUGCACAGGGACAAAGUAUGGGACUAGAUUUGAACAUGCAGCCUACCAUUAAAAGGAUCCUUUAUCACAUACCAACACUGGCAUUCAAAGAGAUAAGAGGAGCUACAGUUCUGCUGGCCAUGGAAGAGGAGGUACAGUAAUUGCUUAGAAAUGAUUGUCAUAUAAGAAGCUGGCUAUGGCAAACAGGAAACGUCAGAACACCACAGCCAGCAUGCUGGAUCAUAGAGUGCGAGCUUGCCCUACUUCAUCUCACAACAGGGAGCCAGAAACUGAGGGAAAUGAUCUACCUAUUGAAGAUUACACAGCAAAGGAACCUGAGCUAGCAACUUUUCGAGAAGCUAGCCCUACCCCAGUGGAACAAGAGUGCAAUGAUAAUAGUGGAGAUGGUGACUCUAGCUCUGAUUAUGUUAAUAAUACCUCUGAAGAGGAGGACUAUGAUGAAGGCCUGCCAGAGGAGGAGGAAGGGAUCACAUACUACAUUAGGUACUGUCCAGAGGAUGACAGUUAUCUGGAAGGAAUGGACUGCAAUGGGGAAGAGUAUGUUUCCCAUGAAGAACAUCAUGUGGAAACUGAUGAAUGUCAGGAGGCUGUGGAAGAAGAAUGGGCUGAAGCUAAAAUCCAGCACCAAGAUGACAGCGAAGUGGCAGAAGGUCAAGACUACCAGGAUAAUGGUGUUCAGAUUUUGGAGGAUGAAGUGUCAUCUUUGGAGAUUCAAGACCAAGAAGUAAACGUACAAUACUGUCAAAGUGAAGAAAGCUAUCAGGACUAUUACCCACCAGAAGCUAAUGGAAACUCACGUGGGGUAUCACCCUACCAUGCUAGAAAAGAAGAUGCUGAACUAGAAGAGCAGGAAGAAGAUAUUGACCAGAUUGUAGCUGAAAUUAAAAUGAGCAUGAGCAUGAGCAGCAUUAAUAGCAUGACAGAAAUGAGCCCUGAGCAUGCCGGGACUGAAAAUGUGCCAAGUGAAUAUAAAGACACUUCUCCAAAAGGAGAUGCUGGUCAUGCAGCCAACAGGCAUGAGGGGAGACCAAAAUCAUUGAAUAUUCCACCUGCUUCUAAGCAUGUUGGAGACAUGCCAAGAGGUUUUAAAACAAAGUCAAGAACUCCAGAAGACAGACCGAAGUUGCCACAAGAACAGGUGUGCAAUGGGUUAGAACAGCCAAGGAAGCAACAACGUUCUGACCUCAAUGGACCAAUUGAUAACAACAAUAUAUCAGAAACAAAGAAGGUGUCUUCAUUUCCAAGUUUUGUUGAUGUUCCAGGACCCUGUGAACCUGAAGAUCUCAUUGAUGGAAUCAUCUUUGCAGCCAAUUACUUGGGUUCUACACAACUGCUUUCAGAACGUAACCCUUCCAAAAACAUAAGAAUGAUGCAAGCUCAAGAGGCAGUGAGCCGUGUCAAGAGGAUGCAAAAGGCGGCUAAAAUCAAGAAAAAAGCGACUUCUGAGGGAGAUUCCCAGGCUUUGACUGAAGUGGAUCUGUUCAUCUCCACGCAGAGGAUUAAAGUUCUGAAUGCAGAUACACAGGAAACAAUGAUGGAUCAUGCACUACGCACAAUCUCAUACAUUGCUGAUAUUGGUAACAUUGUUGUUUUAAUGGCAAGACGCCGGAUGCCAAGGUCAGCUUCUCAAGACUGUAUUGAGACAACACCUGGUGCCCAGGAAGGAAAGAAACAGUACAAAAUGAUAUGCCAUGUCUUUGAAUCAGAGGAUGCACAACUGAUAGCUCAGUCAAUUGGUCAGGCUUUCAGUGUGGCCUACCAGGAGUUCCUGAGAGCCAAUGGAAUUAACCCAGAGGAUCUCAGCCAGAAAGAAUAUAGUGACAUCAUCAAUACCCAAGAAAUGUAUAAUGAUGAUCUUAUACACUUCUCCAAUUCAGAGAACUGCAAAGAGCUCCAGCUAGAAAAGCAGAAGGGAGAAAUUCUUGGGGUGGUCAUUGUGGAAUCUGGAUGGGGAUCCAUUCUGCCCACAGUUAUCCUGGCUAACAUGAUGAAUGGCGGUCCUGCAGCUCGUUCAGGCAAACUAAGCAUUGGAGACCAGAUUAUGUCCAUUAAUGGGACCAGUUUAGUUGGUCUUCCUCUUGCAACGUGCCAGGGAAUCAUAAAGGGUCUUAAGAACCAGACACAAGUGAAGCUGAACAUUGUCAGCUGUCCUCCUGUCACUACUGUCCUCAUAAAACGACCAGACCUGAAAUAUCAGCUGGGCUUCAGUGUACAGAAUGGAAUUAUCUGCAGCUUGAUGAGAGGUGGAAUAGCUGAGAGGGGAGGGGUCAGAGUAGGACAUCGUAUUAUUGAGAUCAAUGGGCAAAGUGUUGUGGCCACUGCUCACGAGAAGAUAGUACAAGCCUUGUCUAACUCGGUGGGAGAGAUUCAUAUGAAGACUAUGCCAGCUGCAAUGUUCAGGCUUCUCACUGGACAAGAGACACCCCUGUACAUCUAGCACGAAGCUCUCUCAACAAAAGAACUGAUUCCAACAAAGUCGAAGUCUUCACAGCUGAAGAGAGUUUUGUAUUUUCUAGGAGUGAAAGGUUUUGAAACAGGACCUGAAGAUUCUGAAAACUGAAGGGACAGGCUUCUCUGCCUUCUUUCUUUUCUUUUUAUUUCUUUGCCAAAAAGUGAUGACCAUCUUUAUCAAGGACAAUAAUCACUGACAAAAUCUUUGUAAAACAUUUAAGUAUUUUGCAACAUCUUCUAAACCCUUUUCUCAUUGAAACUUAAACAUAUUUAUUUGUAACCUUUAUGUGGUGUGACGUAUGUUUGUCUGUCAUGUUUGAUAACGUGGUGAAUGUGAACAUUUGAUGAGUGAGACUUCAGGAAACUGACUACAAAAUUAAGCAAUUAAAGUAAUGGUCAAAACAAAUUAAAACAAAUCUUAACUCCAUAAAGUGGUCCAACACUUCUGGUAUUACAUAACUUAAAAACUGGACAGGGCUAGAUGGUGUUUCAGAAAUUUCAGUGAAUAGGAAUGUGUGCAAUUAAAGCUAUUAGAUUCUAAUGGAAAGAAAACAGCUGUAGUACUUGGUAUCAUUAUGACAAGUGUAACUUAUAACUGCGAGUUUGGCAAGGUGUGAAUAUAAAUGUGUAACAAAAGGAAAGAGUGUCUUGUAUGUGAAAUAAAGAAUUGCCACAAGAUAAAGAUCAAAAUAUUUAUUUAGAUACAUAUUUAUUUUUAAUGUUUAAUUUAACAGGACACCUUCUCUAGAACUUAACUUGUUCUAGUUUGUGCAUGUGUGUUUUUGUUCAUUUUAUCCUUCUUUUUUAAUUACCUUUUGGAUUCCAUUAGCUCAAACUGGGAAAGCCAUGCUUACCUGUCGUUGUCUUUUAUAAAAGCAUUCUUAUUCCUGAGGCAAUUUGUUCUGAAUGUAAAUUGUUUCUGGCAGCUGAGGAACUAGCACCAUCCACAGUAUUAGAAUGUGCAUAGCUAACCUAAGUAGUAGUAAAGUUGUACUUGUUAUGAGAUCAGUGUUAAUUGAUGUAAUAUUUUGUCUAGAUUUUUUGGCCAAGAAGAAUAUACACUGUGACUUAAGAAGCCUUACCAUGCAGUAAUUAAAAAGCUUUAGGAUUACUGUACGUCAAGGAGUAACAUGUUGCAUGCAACUGACCUUAGGAAAGAAUUAAUCUAAUAUCACUAAUAAAUCUGGAGUAAUAAAGAAAACUUGCUCAUUU